AUGCUCGAUGAAAACCUACCUACCUUCCACUUCCGCCCCUCUUCCGACAACCCUCAGAACACGAUCCUCUACUUCACCCACCAGGGCUCCGAUCCGACGCCAAACUACGUCCUCAAGCGUGCCGACCCGGCCAAUCCGGUCGCCCGCAACAAGUACGCCGCUGCCCUCACCGACAUUGCCUCACAGCAAAUUAUCUACGCCGAGGUCCUUGUCGAGCCGGAAUGGACCCAGCCAACACUCUCUGCCGCCGAGGUCCGCGUCCAAAACGGAACUCCGGCGCCACCCCAGCCCAUCCUGCCCGACCAGGUCACGCUGCAGCUCUACAACCCGGAUUCACAGGUCGUCUUCAAGACCAAAGCCGGGAGCUGGGGCAAGUCCGACAGCUGGGAAUUUGAGAUGCCCGAACAGAGCUUCCGCGCGCCGAGUGCCAGCCUGCUUGACCGGUCCUCCGACGACCCGCCCAUCAGUGACACCGUCCCUAAGGUCGUCUUCCGCUGGAAGCGGGACGGCAGGCUGAGCAAGGACAUCACGUGUUACAUGGUCGGGAAGAGCGUGGCCGGCAAGAAGAGCAAGGAGCCUGACAUCACGGUCGCCAUGUUCAAGGACAGGAAGCACGAGAGCGCUGUGACAAUCUACGAACCCAACCUACAGCGCGUGGACGUGGAGGACCGCAAGGGCCUGGACAUUGUCCUGCUGCUCGGCGCCGAGAUCCUCCGCGACUUGUUCCUCAACCCCAGACAAAAUGUCUUCAACCUGACAGCGACGCCGCCGCCCACGACCGGUCGUCGCAAAAACUCCAAGCCCCCUCCGGCAUCCAUGGCGUCAUCCAUGGCCCCGGUACCACCCGUGGCCGCCAUGUCCGGCGCCAUCGGCAACAAGCCCGCUUCGCCGCCCGCGCAAACCAUAAACAAUGGCCCUCCCAGGCCCAACGCCCGCCAGCAGUGGGAGAUUGACAAUGAAACGAAGCGUCUGCAGGCCAUGGUAGCCCAGGAAGAACGGCAGGCACGCGAGCGCGAGCGCCGGGACGCCGAGGAAGCGAAGCGCAUCAAGAAGAUGCUCGACAAGGAAGAGAAUGAGCGCCGAAGGAAAGAAGCCGAGAUCGAGGCCGAGACGGAGCGGCUCCGCAGGCUCUAUGGUGUCCCGCCCAGCGAGUCGAACCCAACCCUACCACCGCGUCAUCAACCGCCGCCCGGAAGCACGCCGGGCUCGUGGCACGUGGCGCCGGCACAGCCACCUCGACCUAACAGCGCAGGGCCGUACAACGGGCCUCCGGGGACCAGUGCGUAUCGCCCGCAGGUGCGGUUCGCGCAGCCGCCGCCGCCGAGUGGUGUGCCGUCAUUCCAGCAGCAGCAACAACAACAGCAGCAACAGUCGCAGCAGGCCGGUCGGGGGAAGCUCCCAAACCUCAUGUCGGGACUGCUUCAGGGACCCUACGCGAACCCGGCUGCUAGCGUCAGCAACUUCUUCCAUCGGGACCGGUCCGAGGAGGAGGAGAGGAAGCGCAAGGUCGCCAAGAAGCGGAGUGUGCAUUUUUGA